CACCAUCUAGCAAUCCGGCCAACAAGUCCUCCUUGGUUUCCUUGGCAUCCUUCUUCCCCUUCGGGCAGCAUGAGUGCCGAGUGCAGCAGCUACCUCAACACCGACGGCGUGUUGGUGGACGCCUUCUUCUGCCCCAAAGCCGGAAGUGACGCCUCCGCCGGGUUCUGCUGCGGAUUUAAUGACCUGAAGUAUUGCUGCGAUGACCCCGACAGCUUCUACCCCGACGACUACGCGUACAUGUGGUGGCUGAGUAUCUGGGCUCUCGUCGGCCUGUCUUUUGCAGCCGUGGUCCUCCUUGCCUUCCUCGUCACCGUGUGUGUCCUUUGCUACCUCGUCAUUGUAACCAAACCCAGUCGUCUUGACAACAACAUCCUCUUGCGACCACCAGAAGGCGAGGGAGCCGGCGCGUCGAGAGCAUCGUGCGUCUCCGGUCCACAGGGUUUCAGACAACACUUCAUGAGCAGAAAGCUUCAUUGUGACAACCAGUCCGCGGAUCCGGAGCGCCUGUUCCAGAGAUGCUUCACAGCGACCGCGACAAGUGUCAGAGUGGAGAGCCCCUCAUAAUCACCAAAGUGCCUGUAAAUUCAAACAAAAGACUGACUGGUUGAGGAGAUGUAAGUGUAAGUGAUUGUAUCUUAUUAUUGACAUGCACCAAGCACAGGAUAUUUACAGUGGAUGUAUAAAAAAAAAAUGGAUGUUUGUCAAU